AUGGCUACAAUUAGCCUUCCCAAUGCAUUUUCGGAAUCCUACGCGCAGUUCGACCAAUACCCACUCAAUAUUAUCCGUAGGGACGCACAUGGCACCCCGAUGCUGUCGCGUAUUCACGAUCGUCUUCAGGAGCGGACGCCAUAUCUAUUUAUAGAUGACCACAAUACGAACGUGGCUAUUGCCGAUGUACUCUCCGACGGCAGAGUAGACAGGCGGAAGCUCUACUCCGAUGUGGAAAUCAAGAAGUGGUUAGGUGAUGCCUCGUAUACAGGCUCCAGCGAUAUUUCGAUCGCCACCAAGAAGGAUCCAAGGUGCCGUUUCGUUUUCCUUCUCCUGGACUCAGUCACUUCGCCGUUACCAGUCUCCGCUAAAAGUGUGGCACGAUUGAUGACAUAUCACCAAGUCUCACCAGAUUUCUUUGAUUUCCUGGACGCAUAUGGUGCUCCUUUAGCUAUCAACACGGAGCUUCGUUUCAACGCUUUCCGAACCGAGAUCUACCUGGCAGAUCCAGAACCAGGAGCAAUAUUACCAGAACUUGGGAGGAGUGGGCGACAUUACCAGAUAAACUAUAGUCUGAAGUCAGUCAAUCGAAAAGAGUGGAUGAAGGAGUCACAACCCGGCCGAAGCUUGUGGCAAAUCCGACAGACUGCAAUUCAUCAUCAACUUGAUGUAGGCAGUGGAGCACAGUUCUGGAUGUUCGCCGACCCCCAUGGCGCUCUUCGGGACCGUAUAACAGACGUCUUUCCCGACCAGCCGAACCACGGACAGAAGCUCGACUCGCUAUCUGCUUCAUUCAAGACAAGUUUAGAAAUACAGUUGCAUUUGGUCAGAUGGUCUACAGAGGGAUGGCAGCUGUAUAUCAAACAUCUUGAAGAGACUGUCGCACAAGUGAUAUCUCGCCUGAUACUAUCGAACCCCGACCAACGAACUCAUCUACGGACGGAGGAGCUAAUGCACGCUCAAGCAUACGAAGACACAAUCAACGAAUGCAUCAUAACACUCGAGUCAAAUGCAGACAACAUGAGCUCACUUGAUACAUUCUACACAUCGCUUGUAAAACAGGAAGACUUCCCAAACUCAGAACGCCAUAGUUGCGAAAAAGAGGUCCAAAAAUUCACAAGUCGAUUGCAUCAACUCGUGUAUGACGCAAAGAUGCAAAUACGCCGCACCAAACUUCUCGCCAAGGUAAUGGCAGACAGGAAAUUAAUGUUCGUCCAGUUGCUUCAAGUUCAACUUCAAGCUCGAUCGGCGGACCGGGCUGCGCGGCUGUCAGCGACAAUGUGGCGCCAAGCCGAGGAAACUUCACACGAGGCCAUCGCAAUGCGCGUCAUCACAGUCAUAACGUUACUGUAUCUUCCACCGACCUUUGUUUCUACACUGUUUAGUACUGAUAUUGUCAAGUACCAGGGCGACAAUGGCGAUCUCAAUCAUGACAUGUUCUCCUUCUUGGCCCUGAAACGAUUCCUACAGGUCACAAUGCCUCUGAUGGUGUUGACCUUCACCGUCGCCUUUGGGUGGGUCUGGUAUGAAAGAAUCCGCGGCAAGGAAAGGACUGCGAGGUUGGAGAAGGAAUAUCCUGAUGUAUUUGGACGCGCCAGAGAUUAG